AUGUCAUCGACUUCAGCACCCUCCUCGGACAACAGGAAGCAGAAGUAUAUGCGUGCGCCAAAGUCUGGAAACUUGGACACUUCUACUUUAGAAAAGCUUUCCAAAUUAAAUGAAGCUCCACAAAAUGAUGCAACAUUUGCCGAAACAGUUUCCUUUAUAAAGUCUGGGUUGGCAUCCAAGGUCUUAUCCACCUGGUCGUUCUACGCAUCAUCCAACGACCACGCUGAGCUUAUUCAAUGUACCGUUCAGAUAUCCAAACUUACACAGUUGGUCAAUGCUGGUAGUGGAUCAUACCAACAUGGUAACACGGAUAUCUCUGCCUUGACUGCAAGUCAACUUGUUUUCUUGGAAGCUAAGUCGGCCAUUGUCGACUUCUACAAGGAGAUCUUGAGCAGUGCAUACCUCAAGGUGAUAUACAGAGCGUUGAACAAUAUCAAGCCUUCACUUACAAACCCAACACUCCGCAUAUUGACCAAUAUUUUGAAUUAUAGUUCAGGUGCUCUUGUAGAUGAAUUCUUGAAUAAUUUCGAUAUGAAUUUGUCAUGCUUACCAAAAUUGGCCCUCCCAUCGACUAGUGCUUCAAAUGCCACUGGAAACAAUAAAAAAUCAACCCCAGAUCACCUUUUGGUUAGAUUCAAUUUUGUCCGUUUCUUCUUUGCCCUUUGUUCUAACGCUAAUCCGUUCACAAGAAAGGAUAUUCUUACUACUCAUCAUAAGAUUUUGAAUAACAUCUGGAAACAUAUGGCAGACACAGACUCGGUACCAGCACUCAACCAACUCUUGGACUUUGUAGAAAAGUUUGUUCUCGAAGAAUCAACUUUUAAAAAGGCUACCAAGUGUAAAAUCUUAAGUGAAAACUUUAUGUACAAAGUUCAACUUUUAUUUGGAAGAUUGGAUGGUAAUGAAGAGUUCUCCAAGAGAGUUAUUGGGUUUUUAACUACAUUGGCUACCGAUUUCAAAAACGGUCUUUGUUUCGUUAACGAUACCCCGUUCAAGGCACGUCAAGAGGGUGGGGUUCCUAUCACUGUCAAUAAUAAGACCUUCCGCAUCAAUAACAAGCUCAUUUAUACCUUUUUGACAACAUUAAAGCCAUGGGAGUCCAAUGCUCAAUUGCUGUUGGUGAUGAGUAUCUUGGAAGUCAAUACCGAAUUGAUUGGUCCUUACACUAAUUGGAUUGUUCAAACUGGUGGUGGGUACCAUGAUCCUUCUCUCACAAGUUGGUGGGUCGGUCACACUUUGUUGUAUAAUAAUAUUCUUCAAUUGAAAAUCCAAGAUUUCGAAGCUGAUUCUGAAGAUAUCAUUUCAAACAAACCAUCUUAUGAAACCCGUCUUCUCGUGGAAACAAUUUGUCUUGCACCAUUAUCAAAGGGAAGUAUUACCAAAUGUCUUACUGGGGAUCAUCCUUUAAUCAGACAAUUUGCUGCCCAACUUCUUGUUCUUCAACUUAAUAAGACUAACGAACUUCUCAAACAUACCUCCACCCGUAAACAAGAGCUUGUUGAGUCUGUGAUAAGCAACUUACCAGAUGUUGCAACCAUAGCUUCUUGUCUCAAGGAAGCUAAUGAAAAGAAUGGUCUGAAACUUUGGAAACUUACCCUUUCCAUGGUAAUAAGUAAGAUGGAGCAACUUCUGUCAACGCCCUCUGCUUCUCUUUCUAAGCUUAUAAACUCAGAAAUCGACACUUUCCUUGUUAGCAGCGAAGAUGGUAACACCUCAUUGAGUGGUAUGGACUUGGUCAAAUUGGAUCAAUUUCUCUCAAUUCAAGCUGCUCAAAACGAACAAGAAUUCAAAUGGUGGAAUAAAACUUCCAACAAUAAUAAUUCGUUCUUUACUUCGCUUAUCAAAUUAUGCUCAUCUCCUGACAUCAAUGAAUCUUUAAUCUAUAAGAACUUCAAACUCUUGGAAACUUUAACGAAUCGUACUUUGGUGUUCAACAAGGACUUGAUUGUAAGUCCUAUAUUUGCCAUUCUUCAACUGUCCAAGUCAAACAAUGAGCAAGUAUGGAAUCUUUUAGACAGAACAAUUUCUCGUGCUAUUACCCACCCAUACAAAUAUCUUGACUUAUCCCAUCAAAAGUAUAACGACAUUAGUUUGUUCGUUAUUAUUCUUGUGGAACAAUUCAAGUUUAUUUUCAAAGCUGAUUCUACUUCGAACGAUGAACUCGUGGAUGCCACAAGAUGGCUCAUGAGGGUUUUCCGUUACUUAGCUGUUAUUGGCGAACCUCAAUCAGCCCUCAAACUGUUGAUCGGAGAAUACUUGAAGGGUGAACAUGAAAUCACCAAAUUCAAAGAAAUUGUAGAAAAUGAAGAUCUUUUGAAUAGGGCAUUCAACUUUGAAGCAAGCGAACAAUUGGGAGAAGUUGAAUCUGAUUCAUUCUUGAAUUAUGUGAUCUCAACCAAACUUCCUCAAGAUUCAAAACGUAUUCCAAUCACCAAGUUUGACAUUGCUGGAUUAUUACUCAAGUUGAACAUCCUUAUUGAGAAUGAAUCAUCAUCUUCCGUUAUUAUCGAUUUAAUGUUGAAGUUGGGUAACUAUUUGAUCAGUGCUUUACCAGAAGAUCAAGACCUUGGAAAAUAUAUUCUUUCAAAUAGAUUUGUCCAAUCAUACUUUGUUACUAAGGCUGAAUUGAACGCAAACUCUGCCACAACUUCUAAAUUAUUGGUCAGUAAUAUGGUGAAUGAAAUCUUCCAACAACUUCCAAAAAUUGUUUUUGAAGGAUCUAAUGAUUUCAACUCUUUAGUCUUUGAAUUAUUUACUGGAUCUGAAAUCACUUUACCACUUCAACUGUUUGUUUCCAAGUUCACAUGGGUAUUGAAGGACUCUCAAAUCCAACAACUUAUUGGCAAUGAAGUUAAAGUUCUGAAUGUUUAUUUGUCAGUAAGUGUAUGCAAAGAAGCAAUCAAGAGAGGUUUAACUGUAUCAUCAGAAUUAUUUUCACAAAUUUCAGGUGGAAACUUUGCAGAUGAUCUCAUUCAAAUCUUGGAGUCUGGAAAGGUAGAAUUCAUCACCAGUGCUACCCUUGAAGAAACAAUCAAUGAAGUAUUGCAGGAUACCAGUAAACAUUAUUUACUUAAAUCUUUUAUCAUUGCAUACAACGAUAGAAAUAUUGUUCAGUACUUGGUAAAGAAGUCUGCUGUAUUGAAUGAUCAAAGUUUAUUGACGUUUAUCGGGUAUUGUAUCUCGGAAGAAUCUAAGCAAUUUGAUUCCGUUACAGCAGAAUUCUUUGCAAGAGUGAUUCCAAUUGCUAUGGAACAAUUUGAAUCCAACAAGUCUGUUUGGAACCAAACAAUCUCUAUCUUGACCAGUGGAUUGGAAAACGUGAAUGAAUCCCAAAUCGAAAGAAUGAUAGACUUUGCCACAAAGGAAGAAACCAAGCAAGGGUUUACCUCUGGAUUUGCAAACUUUGCAUUGGAAGUUAUCAAGAAGAACCCCGAAUCAUUAGAGAAUGGGGAUUCCGCUCUCUCAGUUUGGCUUCAUAAGUCCAUGUUAUACAUUACCAAGAAAUUUGCAAUUUCUACUAAGAUCACCACCAAAUUUGACUCAUUUAUACUGUCUAUUGAAACCAUUGUUCAAUAUUUACCUUCUAUUGGGUUAUCAGUGUGGAAAGCUGCCCCAAUUUCAAUUGUAAAUGCCCAAUUAGAAGUUAUUCUUACCCACAACCAAUGGGUAAGUGACUCAAAGGUAUUGCAAUAUGUUAAUUCUGUUCUUAUGACUGGACUGAGAAAUAUUGUUCAAUUUGAAAGAUUAUUGCAAAUUUUCUUGAAUAAUGAAUUUAUGCCACUUGGAUCCUUACCAUCCGAAAAAACGUUCGAAAGUCGUUUCCAAUCUAGUUUGGUAAUCUUUAAUCUUUUCUCAAUGGAUAUCCAAAAGAACUCAACCAUGUUAGUUUUGAACAAGUUGAUUGCUAUGUAUUUGGGAUCCGUUCGUGCUGAAGAUUUGAUUUUGAAGUCCAUUUUGAUCCGUAUUGAGGCUCAAUUGGCAGUCUCUUGGAUCUCACAAGUUAACAAUUGGGAACUUUCUGAAGAAAUGUCUAAUGAAGAACUUGAAGUAGUUGGAGGUGAUGAAAGAUUGAUUUUGCAAGACAAGACUGGUCUUGUAGUUAAUUUACACAAGAACUUUAUUAGAAACUCAAACAAUGGUGUUAUCAGAGAAGACUCCACCAUUGUUCCCACAAGUUUAAUUGACUAUUUUGGCAAGAAAAAUGCAUCAUUCACCAACUGUUGGAAGGACAUUCAAUCAUUCCAAAACACCAAUAAGCUCUUUGUGAACCAAAAUUAUCAACAAACAGUAUAUGAUCCAGAACUUUUGAUGAUGUUGAUUAUAAAUAAUGAAGAAUUAGUCAAAUUUGGAGAAGAGAAUAAACCUAUUGUCGAUGUUAAGAAGUUGGUUGAAGCCAAUUUACUUCAAUUUAUCGUUAAUUGUUUAGCCUUGCCAUCCGUGUCUAGGUUCCUGAAGGUUAUUUUGGUUGGAGUUUUGAAAACUGUCAGUGAUUCUGAAUAUUCUUACAAGGAUAAGAACAUUUACCGUGUAUAUGUCGCCAACAUUUUGAACACCUUAAGGGAUGCUGAAACUUCAUCAGAAAUUUCCACUCUUGUUUGGUACUUACAUGGUGCCAUUGUUCCUAUUUUGUCCAACCCAGGUCAUUUCUUGUAUGAGCGUGCCUUCAGAUACGUUUUGUCACACCCAAAGAUUCAAGCCAAGCACAUUCCUAUGUACAGUAGUAUUAGCAUGUCCUUGAGUAGUGAUGCAGAACUUGGUGGAGAUGAUUCUCAUUUUAAACAAGUGUCAUGGAUCUUACAACAAUUCAGCCAGGGUCUUAGUAACACAAAGGAUUUGACUUUACUUCGUUUCAGUGGAGCUAUUGAAUGGGCCUUGAAUUUGGCCAACUCUCCAUACACCAAUUUGAGAGUAAGAUCACUUGUCUACAGACUCUUGUACAACAUGCAAGCCAUUGACGAAGGCUCUGACCUUUUGGUGGCUAGAUUUGGAGUUUUAACUAGUCUUGAACAACAAGUCUACAUGGUUGAGCAAGCCGGGGCUUCUAGUGCUCCAAAGGCUCAAGCAGAAUUGGCCAGUAAACAACUUGCUCUUAAUAUUGAAGAGUUGGCAGUGAGGUUAGGAAUUACCGUAGGAUCGAACAAGAGAAUUAGAGAAUGGACAGGUGAUGAUAUCGAAGGUUUUGUCAAGAGAGUACAUAGAAAGACGGAGUCUAUUGACGCCGCAAGCAGUAUUUAA